GACCUAGGGAAGCUGGUGCGGGAAGAGCAGGACCUGUUGUUCAGCCUGUCGCUCCACGUGGAGCGGCACUUCGCUUCUCCGGAGGAGAGGCGGUCGCGGCCCCCGGCGCUGAAGACCCCGCCGGACAGCGCAUCGAAGGAGAGCAACCGGCACAGCGAGACUGACACAGGAGACCGGCGCGAGGUGCGCUUCGGGCGCCGGAGCUACGGGCCGCAGGCCUUCGAGCCGCCGAUUCCGCCUCUGAUGAUGGCUCUCCCGGCGAAGCCGGAAGCCACGGUGGAGACGCUGCGACCCCUCCAGCCGGGACAGUCCCCCAGCCCCAGCCCAACCAGGGGCGGCCGCAAGUUCCGCGGCGACUGGUCGAAGGGAACGGCAACGAGCCGGCUGCCCGAAGCCGUGAACAACACCUAUUCGAUCAACGGCAUCACGUCGCAGCCGAUCCAGGUCUUCCGGAACUCCUUCGUGGAGUUCAUCAGGUCCAACUACUCUUCUGUGGAAAGGCAGCAGACGCCCUGCAGACGGCUGAUUGCCUCCUUCGUCAUGUUCUGUGCCUGGCUGCUGGACCGGAAGGAACCCGAACGCAACGGGUGCCUCGCCAGAGCCGUCCGGAGCUCCUACUUCGCCCUUUUGUCCACGGUGGUGAUCUUGGCCAACGCCGUCGUCAUCCUGUACGCCACGGACUACGAGAUGCAGAACCUCAACCAACCCACCAACCCCCAGAUCCGGUCCGUCGACCUUGCCCUCGCGGGCUUCUACGUUGUAGAAGUGCUUUUGAAGCUCAUCGUCCACAAAUUAUUCUUCUUCUGGAACAGUGAAUGGAGAUGGAACCUCUUUGACUUCGCCCUGGUGCUGUUUGCGAUCGUGGAGAAUGUUUUGGCCUACGAUUGGAUGCAUGGCACGCAGGACACUGGCGUCAAUUUGAACUUCCUGAGGCUCUUCCGACUCUGCAAGAUUGUGAAGAUUCUGCGUAUUUUCCGUACGCUGAAGUUCUUCAGCGAGCUCCGGCUCAUGCUGGACUGCAUGAUUGGUUCGCUGCUGAACGUGAUUUGGUGCAUCGUCAUGCUGGUCUUUGUGAUGUACGUCUUUGCCCUCUUCGUGCAGCAGCUCCUGGCCUCCCACCUCAUCGAGGAUGGGGGCCGCGAAAGCGAAGAGGACGUCCGAGAGAUCCAGCGCUUCUUCGGAUCUGUGGGCAUGACCUUGCUGACGCUCUUCCAAGCCUGCACGUCUGGUGUGGACUGGAAGGAUCCAUUCGACGUGCUCACGAUCUCCGGGGAUGUGCUGCCGGCAGCCUUCCUGUUCUACGUAGCCUUUGUCUUCAUCUCCGUCUGGAACAUCAUCACAAGUACUUUUGUGGAGAAGGCGCUGAAGCUGGCACAGCCGGACAUCGACCUCCUGGUCAUGGAGCAGCAGCUCCAGGACUACCAGGACACGCAGAUGCUGGCAGAGCUCUUCUCGGACAUGCUGCAGACAGACGAGGACGGUGUUCCUCGCGUUGGGCUGGAGGAGUUUCGGCACCUUGUGGAGAACAGCGACUUCCGCUCUUACCUACAGACAAGGGGGAUCGACAUCAAGAAUGCCGAGACAUUCUUCAAGAUGCUGGUGGAGCUGCACGGAGAGCCAACCAUCGACGCCAUCACUUUUGCAAAUGCUUGUGUGCGAAUGAAAGGUGCCGCGACAAGCAUUGACCUGCAGACUGUAAUGUAUACGACGCACCUCAUGAACAAGGACCAGCGACGCGCCUUCCAGUUUAUGCCGCUUGGAAGUGACAG